AUGCCCGAAUUUUCCUUUACCAAUCGUACUUUCGGCUCUUUUCUUAUUAACCUUCAGUUUUUACGUCCGCUUAUUUCUUUGUCUAUCUGUUCUGGUGCACAUCUUUACUUUAAUAUUCGGUCUUUAUCUAAGUUCUUUUUUAACUCGCGAAGCUUACGCCACUUCAUUCUAACUUUCCGCCCUUUCAUUUCAUUCUUUUCUUUUUCAUUUUUUCUUUAUAUCUUCUGUAUCUUUAUUCUGUCCGUUUCUUUUUUUAUAUUUCUUCUUAAUUACCUCUUAGUCUUCUAUCUUAUCUUUUUUCUCUUUUUUCAUUUUUUCGUUCUUUUUCCUAUUUUUUCUUUCUUUUUCCUCUCUUUUUCUUUCUUUUUCUUUCUUUUGACUUUCUUUUGUUCUUUACGUUUAUCAUUUUUCUUUCACUUUCUUCUUCUUUCUUUUAACUUUGUUUUUUUUCUCUUUCCUUAUCUAACAUUUUUGUUUCCUAUUAUAUUUUCUCUCUUUCUUUCUUGUCUCUUCAUUUUUCCUUUCUUUCGUCUUUUUCUUCAUUCUUUCUUUUUCUUUUUUCAUUCUAUUUCUUUCUUUAGCUUCUUUUUCAGUUAUGUAGCUUCUUUUGUUUUACUUUUUUUUCUCUCUUCUUAUUCCUUUUCUUUGCUUUCUCCUUUGUUACCAAAAUUUCUACCUUUAUUUUCCGUUCUUUUUCUUCUUUCCUUUUGCAUUCUUUUCCUUCUUUCUUCUUAA